AUGCACUACGGAGGUAACUCUAUCAAGUUAUUGACUGGAAACAGCCACCCAGAGCUGGCACAAGCUAUUGCAGAGCGACUGAACAUUCUUCUCGUACCAUGUGUGGUGAAAAACUUUUCGAAUGGAGAGAUUGACGUCAAGAUCUCUGAAUCCGUGCGCGAUGAAGAUGUGUUUAUUCUGCAGUCCGGAUGCUUCGACGUCAACGACAAUCUCAUGGAACUGCUUAUUCUCAUCUCUGCAUGCAAAACUGCCUCUGCUCGUCGCAUUACGGCCGUGAUCCCGUGCUACCCCUAUGCCCGGCAGGCACAAAAAGACAAAUCGCGUGCUCCGAUUACGGCUAAGCUCGUUGCAAAUAUGCUCGCAACUGCUGGAGCAGACCAUUUGAUCACGAUGGAUCUUCACGCGAGCCAGAUUCAAGGAUUUUUCGACCUACCAGUCGACAACCUCUAUACCGAGCCCAGUGUGGUCCGUUAUAUCAAGCUGGAGAUUCGGGGUUGGCAAAAUUCGAUUGUCGUUAGUCCCGAUGCAGGUGGUGCUAAGCGAGCUUCUGCCAUCGCCGAUCGUCUGGGAACCGAGUUUGCACUCAUUCACCGUCAGAAGGCGGGCGGUGAAACCCAGAAUGGAGCUACCGGCUCCCACCUUGCCAACGGAGUUAACGGAUUUGUCAAUGGGUUGACCAAUGGCGCAAUCGAGGGCGUAACGGUCAACGGUUCAUCCAAUGGUCAUGUCUCAGAUGGCUCGGAGCGAAUGCAGCUCUUGGUUGGGGACGUUAAGGACAAGAUUGCUAUCUUGGUCGAUGAUAUGAUUGAUACAGGGCGCACGGUCAGCUUGGCUGCCCGUCUACUAAAAGAAGCUGGUGCUAAGGAAAUUUACGUGAUUGUUUCUCAUGGUUUAUUUGCCGAGGCCAACUUGAAACAACUGGCGACCUUGCCAAUUGAACGACUCGUAGUAACCAACACAAUCCCACAAACGGCGAAUGAAGCUGUUUGUGAGGCCCGCGAGAGAGACGCCCUAGUCCACACCAGCAGCCAACAUAAAAUGUCGACCGAGACCCAGCAAUAUGCUUUUCGCUCCCAAAAGCAAUUAGGGCUUGUAGGGGGACUUCCCGAGUUUGCUCCCAUUGAUGCAUUUGAGAAGCCAUCAACAACUUCGAGGGCCUACACCUACAGCCAGGACGGCCGUCUAUUUGCUUACAUUCUCCCAGUGGGCGUGUGCAUUGUGGAUGCUGGGACCUUCAAAGUUGUACAGGUCAUCGAAGUUCCGAACAUUGUCGAGCUCUCAUUCUCGCCCCUCGCAACAUUCUUACAGACCUGGGAGCGCCCUCAAAAGCUCGAAGAAGGGGUACAGCACAAGAACCUACGGAUCUGGAGCGUAGCAGAUGGGUCAGAACUCACCUCGUUCACUCAAAAGGGACAAGAAGGCUGGGCGCUUCAAUUUACUGUGAGUGAAUCACACGCACUCCGUGUGGUGGGGCAGGACAUCCAGGUGUUUAGUCCUGCCGAAUGGGGAAAUGGGGUCGUCGACAAACUGCGUGUCGAAGGGGUCACGAGUGUCUCCGUCAGCCCGGCCGCCCAGAACCCAUCUCUUGCGGUGUUUAUUGGCGAGAAAAAAGGUGCGCCGGCGACGGUGCGCAUAUACAGUCUUGCUGCGUUGGGAGGAGCCCCGGCGUGCCAAAAGACUUUUUACAAAGCAGACAAGGCGACCUUCAAGUGGAAUGCGGCUGGCACGCAUGUUUUGCUCUUCACUCAGACAGACGUCGACAAUUCGAACAAGAGUUACUAUGGCGAGACCAACCUGUACUUCCUCAGCGCCAAGGGGGACUUUGAUUGCCGCGUCACACUAGACAAAGAAGGCCCAAUCCAUGACUUUACGUGGAGCCCGAACUCGAAGGAGUUUGGCGUCAUCUACGGAUAUAUACCCGCCAAAGCGGUCCUGUUUGAUCAACGUGUUCGACCGAUACACGAUUUUGGAUCACAUCCCAUCAACUUUAUUUCCUACAAUCCGCAGUCACGACUCGUUGCGCUUGCUGGAUUUGGCAAUCUCGCGGGGAAAAUUGACAUUUACGACCGCCGUACGCUGGCCAAAGUGACUACGAUCGACGCUCCGAACACAACUUGGUGCCAAUGGAGUCCCUGUGGCCGGUUCCUCUUGACGGCGACACUCUCGCCGAGACUGAGGGUUGACAACGGAGUCAAGAUUUGGCAUUGCACUGGGCCUUUGAUUCACGUGCAGUUGGAAGAGGAGUUGUACCAGGUAUCUUGGCAACCCAUAACUGCAGGAACAGUCGAACCGUUUGGGCAAUCACUCCCCGUGGCCCCGGCUCCGACCUCGAGCGUUGCCCUCUUAGCUCCAGCCAAACCGGCAGCUGCAAAACCGGCAGGCGCGUACCGCCCGCCCGGCGCACGCGGCUUGGCCACACCUAGCAUCUUCAAGCGCGAGGACGAGGGCGGGGCGGCAUACGUCUCGUCCAACGGAACGACGAACCACCCGCAGCCGUAUCGCCCCAACGGACGCGGCGGUGGACCUCGUCACGUUCCGGGAGCGGGUUCUCCGGCGCCCAGUCCGAGUCCAAAGCCUGGUCAAGGCCAAGGGAAAAAGAAGGGCAAGAAGGAUAAAGACAAGGUCGAGGCGGUUGUUCCUGAGCCUGAGCCCGAGCCACCUGCGCCCGCUGAGCCCGACCCGGUCGCGAAGAAGAUUCGGAAUCUGAACAAGAAGUUAAAGGCCAUUGAUGAACUGAAGCAGAAACUCGCGCGCGGGGACAAGCUCGAGGUGACCCAGGUACAAAAGAUCGAUGCGGAGAACGACAUUCGCAAAGAGUUGGCCGCGUUGGAAACAUAG